AGUUGCUGCAGUGGAGGCGGCGGGCGAGGCCUCCUCCCCGGGCAGGGCAAGGCAAGGCAAGGCAAGAGGGAGCGCGGAAGAAGGAGGAGGAGGAUCCCCCCUCCCGGGAAGGAAGCAGCAGCUGCAACAGCGGCAGCGACGCCGGGGCGAAGGUGGCAGGAAAACCAGAACAGACGCGCCGGCAGAGGGGCCAGCAGACUGCCAUCGUGGGCAGCUCUUCCAUUUCUGUCUAAUUUUUUUUUAAGUUUGGAACUUUUGGUUUUUUUGGUCAGUAAAGCCCCACGCUCAAAAAACAUUCGCAGCCCCCUGUCACCACCCUGCUUCUCCCCAACAUGCCGUCCAAUGGCCCCAUCGAUACCAGCGGCCCCACUGCAGACCAAGAGACAGCUGACUCUCACAAGCAGGGUGAAGAGGAAUCUGAUGAGAAUCGUAACAAGGAAGAGAAACCAGAUCCGGGGAUACCCAUGAGGAAAGCGGGGCGGCCCGGUAGGAAACGCAAGCAGCUAGUGGUGGAGAGCAGCGAAGCCCCCAAAGACACAGCCUCAGCACCGAAGUGCCCCCCGCCUGCCCAUGACACCAGCCCCAUGGAGCAAGUGCCCAAUGGAGAUGCGGAAAUGGGCAGCCCAGAGAACAGCAGUACCACUGAUCUAAAGGGCAGGCAGCGUGGUGAGAACGAACCCAGCAGCCUCCCGGAUGGGGAGACAGGACGGGCCCUGGAAAAUGGGCGCUGCACCCCCAAGGACAGCCCCGAGCCACCCUCCAGUGAAGGCAAAGAAGAGAAGGAGGAAAACCACUACAACUCUUUGAAAAUGGAGGGAUCCCGAGGCCGCCUGCGUGGGGGGCUGGGCUGUGAGUCGAGCCUGCGCCCAAGGCCAAUGCAACGUCUGACCUUCCAGGCUGGGGACCCAUACUACAUCAGCAAGAGGAAGCGGGACGAAUGGUUGGCCAGGUGGAAGAGGGAGACUGAUAACCCACCGGCAGCUCAGCUUGACAAGGCUGAGAAAAAAGCUAAGGUCAUUGCUGGGAUGAAUGCAGUGGAGGAGACACCACGAACCGAGCCCCAGAAGGAGGAAGAGGCCAGCCCACCUGCCUUGCAGCAGCCCACUGACCCUGCCUCUCCCAAUGUGGCAACUACACCGGAACCUGUGGGGCCCGAUGCUGUGGACAAGGGCAUAUCCAAGUCGGCUGAUGAUGAGCCAGAAUAUGAGGACGGCCGGGGAUUUGGCAUCGGGGAGCUGGUCUGGGGGAAAUUGCGCGGAUUCUCCUGGUGGCCGGGCCGCAUUGUUUCCUGGUGGAUGACUGGCAGGAGCCGGGCUGCAGAGGGCACUCGCUGGGUCAUGUGGUUCGGAGACGGGAAAUUUUCUGUGGUCUGUGUGGAGAAGCUGCUGCCUCUCAGUUCCUUCGCCAAUGCAUUCCAUCAAGCUACGUACAACAAGCAGCCCAUGUAUAAAAAGGCCAUUUACGAGGUGCUGCAGGUGGCCAGCAGCAGAGCGGGCAAGAUCUUCCCCUUCUGUCCAGAGAAUGAUGAAACAGAUACGUCCAAAGCAGUGGAGAUCCAGAACAAGCCGAUGAUAGAGUGGGCCUUGGGAGGGUUCCAGCCAUCUGGCCCCAAGGGCCUGGAGCCCCCUGAAGAGGAACGCAACCCCUACAAAGAAGUUUACACGGACAUAUGGGUGGAGCCAGAAGCUGCUGCCUAUGCUCCUCCUCCGCCAGCCAAAAAACCAAGGAAAAGCACAGAGAAGCCUAAGGUCAAGGAGAUCAUAGAUGAGCGCACCAGAGAGCGUCUUGUUUAUGAGGUCCGACAGAAAUGCAGGAAUAUUGAAGAUAUCUGCAUCUCCUGCGGAAGCCUCAAUGUCACCCUGGAACACCCUCUCUUUAUCGGAGGAAUGUGCCAAAACUGCAAGAACUGCUUUCUGGAAUGCGCCUACCAGUAUGAUGACGACGGCUACCAGUCCUACUGCACAAUCUGCUGUGGCGGCCGUGAAGUCCUCAUGUGUGGAAACAACAAUUGUUGCAGGUGCUUUUGUGUAGAGUGUGUGGAUCUGCUGGUAGGCCCUGGUGCAGCUCAGGCAGCGAUCAAGGAGGAUCCCUGGAACUGCUAUAUGUGUGGCCACAAGGGUGUCUAUGGCCUGCUCCGGCGGCGGGAAGACUGGCCAUCACGCCUCCAGAUGUUUUUCGCCAACAACCAUGACCAAGAGUUUGACCCACCAAAGGUUUACCCUCCGGUCCCUGCUGAAAAGAGGAAGCCCAUCCGGGUGCUCUCGCUUUUCGAUGGGAUUGCCACAGGGCUCCUAGUGCUAAAGGACUUGGGCAUCCAGGUGGACCGGUACAUCGCCUCCGAGGUGUGUGAAGACUCCAUCACAGUUGGGAUGGUCCGACACCAGGGCAAGAUCAUGUAUGUUGGGGACGUCCGCAAUGUCACCCAGAAACACAUACAGGAGUGGGGUCCUUUUGACCUGGUGAUUGGAGGGAGUCCCUGCAAUGACCUCUCCAUUGUCAAUCCUGCCAGGAAGGGUCUUUAUGAGGGGACAGGGCGGCUCUUCUUUGAGUUCUAUCGUCUUCUGCAUGAGGCCCGGCCCAAGGAGGGAGAUGACCGGCCCUUCUUUUGGCUCUUUGAGAACGUGGUGGCCAUGGGCGUCAGUGACAAAAGAGACAUCUCUCGCUUCCUAGAGUCCAACCCAGUGAUGAUCGAUGCCAAAGAGGUCUCCGCAGCACACAGGGCCCGGUACUUCUGGGGAAACCUGCCUGGCAUGAACAGGCCACUGGCUUCAACUGUGAAUGAUAAGUUGGAACUGCAGGAGUGUCUGGAACAUGGCAGGAUAGCGAAGUUCAGCAAAGUCCGAACCAUCACUACUCGCUCCAACUCCAUCAAGCAGGGCAAGGAUCAGCAUUUCCCUGUCUUUAUGAAUGAGAAGGAAGAUAUCCUGUGGUGCACUGAGAUGGAAAGGGUCUUUGGCUUCCCGGUCCACUACACAGACGUGUCCAACAUGAGCCGCCUGGCUCGGCAGAGACUGCUGGGUCGCUCCUGGAGUGUGCCGGUGAUCCGCCACCUCUUCGCCCCGCUGAAGGAGUACUUUGCCUGCGUUUAAAGAGACGCACCCACAGAACUGGCAAAGCGGAGGGAGGAGUCUCAAACACAACCAUCCCCAGGAACAGAAGAGAAGUGGCACCAGAAUGGAAGAGGUGGCUGGUGGGUGAGAGGGAGGGAGAGGACGGCCCCCACAUGAGUGCCGGCUCCUGCCACCCGAGUCUUCGCCCAUCCUCUCCUCAGUUUGAACUACCCUAAUCUAACCAACCAGUCCCACUUUCUGUUGGUAACCCUUUAAUUUUCCUGCUCUUUCUGGAUGGGUUUGUCUGUUAGUUUGGUUUCUGCCUCUCCUCGGCUGAGCCCCAGCAGUGCGGGUUUGUCCGUGGCGCUGUUGCAACAGAGGUAAUGCCAGCCAAGCCCAAAGCUGAGCGGGCCUUGGGGCGACAUCACCCCUGCUCGGUUUAGGAGCACAAAGCAGGGUGCGACGGGGCCUCCUUGCGUCUACCAGCGCCAUUCCUGGGGUGAGCGCAAGCCAGGGAAGCCGCAAACCCCGCCAGCCCCUUCUUGCCCCCCCCCAUCCCCGCCACACACUUUUUUACAGUAUUUGGGUGCCUACAACACAGGAGACCUUGGUAAGCCCAGCCCCACAGCCACUCUUACCUCUUGUUUACAGUUUAUAUAUAUGUGAGAGUUAUGUGAGAGAGAUGUCUAUAUAUAAAAGGUACUGUUACUACUGUACAACUGACUUUCAUAAUGGUGCUUCUACAACAGCUGGGGGCGGGGCUGAUGGCAGCUUCUGUGGUGCUUCAUGUGCCGGCCCACAGGAGAGGGGAGC